AUGGGCAAUAAUCAGGGUGGACUUCACAAACGUGAGCGUGUCCUCGAUGGACAACAACGCACACGACAGUGGACAGGUGGUAGUGUAGCUGGUGGUAGUGGUGCAUCUGGUCAUAUGAUGAGUGGAGGUGGUACGACGGAAGAUGGAUGUCCUGUACAGGUAAAAAUUGCAAAAAGCGACGGGUCCGUUUCAACACCAAGUAUCCAGUUUUCUGAAGCAAAUGAAUAUCCGGUAGUUUUUAAAUGGCAAGGAGGAAGUCAGGCGGGUGGAGUUUAUAUAUCCGGUUCCUGGGAUGGUUGGAAGAAGAUGACACCAUUAUGCAAAUCUACUCAGGAUUUUUCGACUAUCAUCAACUUAAAUCCCGUUGAUGAAAAUGCUGCGAAAAUUGACAAUAAAUUUGGUAGUCAAAACAAUGUCAUCGCAAUUGAUGAAGCAGAUUUUGAAGUUUUCGAUGCACUUGAUCGUGAUUUAGCAUCAUCAAAUGCUGGAGAAGCGAUGAGGAAGGUAAAUAUGAGUGGUGCACCACCCUCCUCACAUGAUACGCCUAAUGAACGUGAAAUUGAGAAAUUGAAAAAUUUCACUCAAGAAAUACCAGACCGUCGAGAGUUCGAAAAAGCUCAGAACCCACCAGUUUUGCCACCUCAUCUUCUGCAGGUGAUUCUGAAUAAGGAUACUCCCAUGCAAUGUGACCCAAAUGUAUUACCGGAACCAAACCAUGUAAUGCUGAAUCAUCUUUAUGCAUUGUCAAUUAAGGAUGGUGUUAUGGUACUUUCUGCAACACAUCGUUAUCGUAAGAAAUAUGUGACAACACUACUUUAUAAACCAAUUUAA